AUGCAAAAACAACUUCCUUAUUUUGGAUAUGGAAAGAAGGUGGCUUCCAUGUUAUUGCUUUCUGUUUUUGUCUGGAUUUGUGGCUUGUUUUAUUUUGGUCUAGAUUUGAAAAGUAACACUAGUGUUUACUGGUUGAUGUCUCCAUUUAUUUGUUUGUUAGGUUUUGGGUUAUACUCGAUGAUAUCUAUUUCAAUUUCAUUACUUCAGUUUUCAGAUGUUACAAAUGGAAAGGCUGAUCUAGCAGAAGACAUUUUGAGAGCUCAAUCUAAUUUAGAAAGGAGAGGAUUCAAACUAGAUUAA